ACCUACAUAUAAAAUGCUUCAAUUACUGUUCAUUCUCUAUUUUGUCCACUGGCCUCUCCCACGUAAAAGUUCAGUCAGUUGAGUAAUGGAAUUUAAGAUCUUUCUGACUUUGCUGGCCGUUUUGGUGGCUCAAAGUGAAGCCCGGAAGUUUACAAAGUGCGACGUGGUGCCGAUCCUGUGGAGAGAAGGAUUCCCACUGGCAGAGAUCUCAGACUGGCUCUGCCUUAUUCAGUCUGAGAGUGCCUUCAACAGUUCAGCUAUUGGAGGCCCCAAUAGCAAUGGAUCCUUUGACUAUGGACUCUUUCAGAUAAACGAAAAUUAUUGGUGCAAAGUUGGUCAAGCUGGUAAUGAUUGCAACAUAGACUGCAACGAUCUCUUGGACGACGACUUGACGGAUGAUUUAAAGUGCGUAAAGAAAAUCUACGCACGACACGGAUUUUCAGCUUGGAAUGGAUGGAAGAAGUGGUGCCAGGGAACCUUGCCCACCUACCGUGAAUGUAUGCCCUGCAGAGCUCCUUAAAUUUCUUUAUUUAUCCUUAAUUCUUUUUUCUUUUACUAAACUCUAAAAUUAUUCUUUAAAAUAAAACAUUUUGAUGAAAAAAUAUGUUUUGCUUCAUUGAUCAAUAUUGCUUUUUAGCUUAUUCUGAGUAAUUGUGAAGCUAACUCCACCCACAACUUCCCUACCAAAGCUGACUUUAUCAAUUUUACAAUAAAUUACUGUGCAAAAACUAAAUUUUUGCUCAAAAUUGCUUUCUACAAAAAAAAAUUAUCAAGA